UGCAACGAGGCUUGGACUCGUCCACGCCGCCGGCGAGGACCUCAACAGCAUGACGGUGGCGCAGCAGUACGCGCUCCUCAAGCCGCUCCAGGUCGGCAUCGCCGUCUGCGACCACCAAGGCCAGCAGGUCGGCUGGGAGUUCAACCUCCGCGACUUCUGCCGCCUCGCCGACCCGCACGAUCAAAAGGCCCUCGACUACCUUGCCGACCGCGGCGUCGACCUCGACAUGCUCGGCGCGCUGCUCAUGGGCUCCGGCCUCAUCGGCGCCGGACACGGGCGGCCGCUGUCAUGGAUCACCUACGCAGGUGCCUACCACGUAGCAUACCUGCUCAAAAUCGUCACGGGCGGCGCCCCGCGGCCGCACGACGUGGCCGGGUUCGUGGGCGGCAUGCAGUAUUACCUCGGAACUCCAUGGGCUAUGCUCGUGGCGCCCAGUGAGGAGUGCAACAAAGUGUUCGUGCGCGUCUGCCAGGGCAACCUCGUCGACCUUCAUGUUCCAGUCGGACUGAAACGCAUGUUAAGAGGGCUUCACAGGCGGCACAGCAAGCAUUACAUAGAUGAUGUAUCAGACAAUCAAAUGUGCAUGAGCUGUGCUGUGGUAACCAAAUAA